AAACAAACAACAAAAACAUAUUCUUAUACUAAAAAAAAUCUUUACAAUUGCACAAUGGCUAAUUAUAAUAUCAAGUACAUCGCCAUCUUCUUCAUUCUCAUCUCAAUUUUGGCUCCUCGAGUUUUAUCAGUAGUAGAAGAUUGUGGAGCAGAAGAAGACAACUCAUGUGUCAACAAAUCCAAAGCGUUACCCUUAAAAAUCAUAGCCAUAGUCUCCAUCCUUAUAACUAGUAUGAUCGGAGUAUGUCUUCCACUAGUCACGCGUUCUAUCCCGGCCCUGAGCCCGGAACGAAGCCUUUUUGUCAUUGUCAAGGCAUUUGCUGCCGGAAUUAUCCUGGCUACGGGAUUUAUGCACGUGCUACCGGACUCAUUUGACAUGUUGUCAUCGAGUUGCCUUAAGGAGCACCCGUGGCACAAGUUCCCCUUCACUGGAUUUGUGGCUAUGUUGUCCGCUAUAGUAACGAUGGCUAUUGACUCUAUAGCUACUAGUUUGUACAGCAAAAAACAUAAUGGUAGUGGUGUAGUUAAUCCAGAAGGUGAUCAAGAAAUGGCUGUGGCUGGAAAUCAUGUUCAUUCCCAUCAUCAUCAUGGAUCCCUUUCCACUAAAGAUGGACUUGAUGGCAAAAAACUACUAAGAUACAGAGUAAUUGCCAUGGUGUUGGAGCUUGGAAUUAUUGUUCACUCAAUAGUGAUAGGGCUAUCUCUAGGUGCGUCAAGCAAUACAUGUACAAUUAAAGGACUCGUAGCUGCACUUUGCUUUCAUCAAAUGUUUGAAGGAAUGGGCCUUGGUGGUUGCAUCCUACAGGCUGAGUACAAGUUUAUGAAGAAGGCAAUAAUGGCGUUUUUCUUCGCAGUAACAACUCCAUUUGGUAUAGCACUUGGGAUAGCAUUGUCAACUACUUAUGAGGAAAAUAGUCCACGGGCGUUAAUAACUGUUGGAUUGCUGAAUGCAUCAUCUGCUGGCCUUUUGAUUUAUAUGGCUUUGGUUGAUCUUCUUGCUGCUGAUUUUAUGGGUGACAAAUUACAAGGCAGUGUAAAGCUACAAAUUAAGUCUUACAUGGCUGUUCUUCUUGGGGCUGGUGGAAUGUCUGUCAUGGCAAUUUGGGCUUAAAUUUGUCUUCAUAUUUUGUUUUGAGCAAUA